AUUUUUUGAGGUUAUGUUGACUUGACGUCGCAUGUGCGUUAUUUCUUUGAGUGUUUUUGCAAGAACACGUUAAUAAAUCAACAUGGAAUACCUUCCGGAACCAUCGGCGGUUGAAAUUACCAAAAAUAAAAUAUUGUGUUGCGAAUGUGGCAUUCCUAUAGAGCCGAACCCGGCGAACAUGUGCGUUGCCUGUUUGCGGUCCCAAGUGGACAUAACGGAGGGCAUUCCGAAACAGGUUGUGAUCUAUUUCUGCAGAGGUUGCGAGAGGUAUUUGCAGCCUCCUGCGGAAUGGGUGAGCUGCGCGUUGGAAUCCCGGGAGUUGCUUUCGCUGUGCCUGAAAAAGCUCAAAGGUUUGAGCAGGGUCAAGCUUAUUGACGCCUCGUUUGUGUGGACUGAGCCGCACUCCAAACGUAUCAAGGUGAAAUUGACUGUUCAUGGGGAAGUGGUUGGAGGAGCAGUCUUGCAACAGGUUUUUGUGGUCGAAUACGUCAUCAACCAUCAUAUGUGCGAUGAGUGCCACAGAUCAGAGGCUCAGGAUUUUUGGAGGUCAUUAGUACAGGUUAGACAAAAAGCCGAAAACAAAAAAACCUUCUUCUACUUGGAACAACUGAUCCUGAAACACAAAGCGCACGAAAACACGUUGGGCAUAAAACCCAACCACGGCGGGCUGGACUUCUUCUACACCAGCGAGGGCCACGCGCGCAAGAUGGUCGACUUCAUCGCGGCCGUCUUGCCCUGCAAAUACCAGCACUCGAAAAAAUUAAUCUCGCACGACAUCCACAGCAACGUCUACAACUACAAGUUCACCUACUCGGUGGACAUCGUUCCAGUGUCCAAGGACAGCGUCGUGUGUCUGCCGAAAAAACUGACCCAGUCUUUGGGCGGGAUUUCCCCCAUUUGCUUGGUGUACAGGGUCACCAACGGGCUUCAUCUCAUCGAUCCGCUGUCAGCUCAAAUCGCUGAGGUAAAUAGUACCGUGUACUAUCGCAACCCAUUCCAAUCAAUUUGCAACCCAAAGCAACUAGUGGAGUACAUAGUGAUGGAUAUUGAGCCUAUCAUGGACAAGGAACGCAAAGUGUUCCCUGGUCAGGGCCAAAUCAGCACGAGGCACGUAUUGGCCGACGUCUGGCUGGUUAGAGCGUCGGAAUUGGGUAUAAACGAUAACACAACCCAUACCAGAACGCAUUUGGGGCAUGUUCUGAAACCCGGCGAUUCCGUAUUGGGCUACAAUGUCAUGGACAGCAACAUAAAUGACGCGCACUUUGAAAAAAUCGACAAAAGUAAAGUUCAGGACGUGGUUUUGGUGAAGAAGUAUUACGACAAGGCUCUGAUAAGGAGGCAGAGGGCCUGGAAACUUAAGCAUCUUGCAGAUGAUGAGAUGGCUUUUGAUAGGGAAACCAAUGAAUAUAACGACUUUCUGGACGAUCUGGAAGAAGAUCCAGCCCUUAGACAAAACAUCAACAUUUUCAAGGAUGCUUCAAAAGCGAUUCCGGUUGAUUCAAACGACGACUUUGAUCCAAAUAUGCCGCAUGUUACUUUGGAAGAAAUGUUGGACGAUUUGGUCAUUGAUGACGUGGAAAUGGCGGAAUCAUAAUUUAAUAUGUUCCAUUAAACAUGUUUUAUAUUAUUGAUAAUAAAUAUUUUAAUGGCUAGUUCAUAUGGUCACCUAUUAA